ACUAAUAGUACUUAGUAGAUAGCUCUCGCCUGGGUACUGGCUCUCUCCGUCACACUGGCAACUAUCACGUCGCAUGCCGUAACAGAACCAAGCAUCGACUAGCUGGCAACGGAAGAGCAAACUGAACACUCUUCUGUGCUUGUGGACUUUUAGACAUCGGUUUCCAUUAGAGUAGAUCAAACUUGCAGUCCACGUGUCUACAUUAUUGGAUAUUGGACAUUGGACUGGUGACUGUCAUUCAGAUACUUAUGUCUUUACUUGACUUGCCUGUUCACUGACUUGAGUUGAGCUGAAUAGUGAACUACCACUAACGUUCCAUUUGUUUUGUUCGAAGGCGAAGAGUUUUCAUUGGAUCCGUUGGGGGCACCCUACAUGCAGUUGGCAAGGAACACGUUAGUCAGGUGCGGAUUAGCAACAAAGGCAAUAUACAAGCUAAGCUAGCACCUCUCUAAGCCUGAGCAUCGGUUAGGAAGGUGAUCCCAAGACUCCAGGAGUCGGAUACCGGACCGUCUACUCGUUAUUGUGUUCGUGGACGUGCUCCCUGAACGGUCCGCUCAUGCCGGCUGACACCGGGCAUUGGCAACCUCAUCCGUUUACCCAACGAACGCGACUUUACUGUUGUUGUUUUCUUCAUUUGGAUUCGCUAAACCUAACGGAUAGAACUUCUGUGUGAAUGGCUGGGUCAGGCGCUUGUGUCUCGCGAGGAAGUACAGAGCUACAUAAUCAUUGACAUUGAUAGCCUAUAUAUGCCGCAUGAAGACUGGCACGCGGCGACACUCAGCAAUCAGUUGUGUGGUCAUCAACAAAGACACGGUGAUUCGCGCAAGCAAGCGGUCAGUCAGUGAGUGGGUACACUCACAAGUGUUAGUCGAUGGAUAACUACCGCGUCAUCCGUCCGUUGGGCGAUGGGUCGUUUGGAGUCGUGAGUUUGGCGACCAGCAAGAAAAGUGGCGGAAUGGUGGCAAUCAAGAAGUUUAAACAAGGCUAUAAGAACUGGCAAGAAGUGAUACAACUGUCUGAAGUAAAGUCGCUACGGGCCUUGAAGCAUAUCAACAUUGUCAAGCUCAUUGAGCUGUUUCGGCAAGAUGGCAACCUCUACAUGGUCUUCGAGUACAUGAAGAGUAAUCUAUAUGAGCUGCUGAAGGACAGAAAAAGCUACGUUCCUGAAACGACUGUGCGCAAUAUCAUGUACCAGAUUCUUUCUGGUCUCUCCUACAUGCACCUCAAUGGCUAUUUCCAUCGUGACCUCAAGCCGGAAAACAUUCUAUGUUCAGGGGUUGACAAUAUCAAGCUCGCUGAUUUUGGCCUGGCAAGGGAGAUCCGCUCACGUCCACCAUACUCAGAUUACAUCAGCACACGAUGGUAUCGGGCUCCAGAGGUGAUUCUCAGGUCAAAAAAUUACAACUCACCCAUAGACCUAUGGGCUAUUGGUGCGAUAAUGGCCGAAGUCUACAAGCUCAAACCGCUAUUUGCUGGUAGCAGUGAAUUGGAUCAGCUCUACAAAAUUUGCUUAGUGCUUGGACAACCAACUCAGAAAUCCUGGAAAGAAGGCUUCCAACUUGCAGCAACCUCGAGGAUAAAGUUCCCAGCAACGCCAUCUAUGAACUCACUUGACAUGGCAGUGACCCAUGCCAGUAGAGAGGGACUGGAGCUGAUGUACGACUUGCUGAAAUGGGAUCCCAAGCAGCGUAUUACAGCACCACAGGCACUACAAAGGAAAUUCUUUCUGGUUGGUACAAAAGGUUCUGAUGAAACUGGUCCACCACAGGCCACCCGGACAAUGCCGGGCGGAGUAGCAUCAGGAUUUGGGGGAGUCAGUUCAAUAGUCGGAGAGAACAAGCCAGCUAGAAAACCUGCUCCCCGUCAGAGGAGGGACAGUGAUGAUGAUGAUUUCGAUUGGACUCCACCCGGCUCAGCAGACAAAGAGACCACUGCUGUAGAUCAACCUGCAGGCCUCUAUUCCAAAUUGUCGCAGACUUCCAGCUUUCGCUCCCCAAACCAGCCACAGGCACACGGUGGAGCGGCUACAUCGGCAUAUCCCUUUCCAGGCGCACCUGCUGAUGAUGCCCAGCCGAGGAUGGGAGCCCUGAAUCGGAAAGAGAAAGAACUCCCUCGAAGGGAAAGUGUACAGUCGAUCGUCUCGAAUUCUUUUGCAUUGGGCGGCACCAAUGCGUCCGUGUCAGCUGCUAACUAUUAUGUUGCUAAAUCACGUUACACUCCAGUGUCAGGUGGAUCACGCAUUCCAAAGUCGAAAAUUGCCUUGUCCCACCAGCCUUCAGUUGGUCGGCUACAUCAACAGGCCUCAAAAGUGAAUACAUUCACUCUACCAUCGGGUGCCGGGGAAUCUGCUCAAGCUUCAAGUUCUUUCGAAAACCGCUGGUCCUCCAGGCCAUCCUACCAGCAGCUAGAUCUGGGAUUUGCAAAGCAUGCCAAGGAGAACUCGUAUGCACACUCAUCUCGAGCGCCAACAAUGCCUCUUGGCAUGACCAAAGCAAAUCACCGCACCGAUUGGUCUGCAAAGUAUGGCGGCAGAAAGUAAGAUGAUCGAAUUGCAAAUCUACGACCAAAAGCCUAACCUGAAGAUGAGAUGGUUGUCAAGAAGCCAGACUAUUCACUCCCGUUGUUGACUACUCUUGCACCCGCCAGCUGUGUAUCGGCCAUGCGGAAGUGAAGACCUCUAGACUUGGUACUGGUAUCUUGGUACAUGCCACCGGUAGAUGCACAGAGAGCUCUCUAGCUGACCGGUACUUGAAUCAGCACACUACCACGGCCAAUUUCUCUGCCAAUAGCGUAAAUGUGUCCCUGAUACGCACAUGCUAUGAUGGCAGCCAUGUUUGCUAUGGCAACGGGCGCCAUUCAGUGCACUCUGGUGUCCCUCCCUCAAGGCUUCAACCCACAGAAUCAGCCGCAGGCACAGAUCCCGAUACAGGCGUAUACAUGCCCUAGCCGUUGAUCAUUUGAAGUCUGUGACUGCCUGUUUGAUUUCACGACUACUAUUCUGUACACUGUGAAUCGAAGUCAGUUCUGGAUUUCUUUCCCUUUGCCUAUUGUGACUCGUUGUUUGACUCAAUCUUGUAUCGCCAGCAGUAUAAGAAAUCUUAUCAAUCUAUUCACGCCGUGAUCGGUUUAUGCCCAGAUGAACGCGCUUGUAAUCCACAUGCAUCAUUAUGUCCAUCUUGAUUAUAAAACUUGCAAUGCUGUUAUA